AUGGAACCAAAGACUGAAUUGCAAAAAAAUGCGAUCGCAGAAGCGAGGCGGAAAGAAUUGGAGACAUAUCAGCGAGCACUAGAUAUCCAGUGGCUGAACAGUCGCAUGGAUGAUAGUUGUAUAGGCAGACACCUUGCCCGCAUUAAACAAGAGGCUGAAUUGGAAAAAGAUUUUCAAGAGAGAACAGACCACGCAGCUAUUGUCAAUGCAAAAACGGAAAAAGAGAUAGCGUUGGCUACAGAAAUAGCCAAGCAGAGCAGAGAGGAAGCCUGUGAGCUGCUCAGACGCCAUUAUCUACGCGAACAUGACCCAGAGUUAAGAGAGCUCAUAAGGAAGUUGCAAGCUGGAUAUGUUUGUAGGGAUCAGAGGCAACAGAUUCUUCAUAAUGAAUACAGGCGCCUUCAGAAUAAGGUUGAAGAGAAUCACGCAAAUAGAAUUCUCAGCGAUGCACUCUACAGCGACUUGGAAGCAAAGGAGAAAGAAGAUAAAGAGAUGAUGGAAAGAAAGUUACAGUAUUGUAAAGAGUUGCAACAACAGUUAGUGAACAAACAAAGGGAGAAGCAGUGCCAGUUUGAGGAUACGUUAAUAGAGAAGAAGAUGCUAGAAGAUGUAAUGAGAACCAUCGCUGAUGAAGACCAGAGGGAACUACAACAGAAACGCGAACAAACGGAGAAGCUGCGCAAGGAAGUGGAGACCUUCAAACAGGCACGUGAGGCCUGGAAGCAAAAGCAGAAGGAACUCCUCGUGCAAGAAGAGAGGCGUAUUGAACAGCAAGGGAAAGCUGCGUCCGAUAGGAGCCAGGCUAUAGUAGCAGAAAGAGAGAGAAAGCUACAGCUGAAAGAGAAGUUGAAUGAAAAAGUUGUGGCAAAGAUAUUGAUCGAGGAGGAGUCUCGUCGAGAACGAGAAGAAGUUAUAAGAAUGCUUCAGGAGCAAGAAUACUUAGAGAAGGGAAUCCAAGAAGAUAUCGCCGAGAGGGACAAAACUGAGAGUACCAAGAAACAGACCAAAGAGGUUCUCACACAGCAGAUGGAGACUAAGCAGAGGCUGGAAAAGGAGCAAAAGGAGAGGGAGGCUAAUUAUAGAAAACUGAUGGAAUCACAAAUAUCGUCUACCGAACAAAAGGAAAAGGAGGACCAACUGAAACAAAAAGAGAAGAAGCGGCAGUACUGCCUCGAGCUCCAGCAACAGAUAGAAGAGAACGCACGUCGCAGAAUGAAGGAGAACGAACUGGAGGAGAAUCGGGCGAAGCAUGUUUUUGAUUACAAUAAGGAUUGGAGCACAGAGGUAACAGAAGAGCGCAAGAAAAUCGUAGAAGAGCACGCACCUCAUCUUCUGGGCUAUUUGCAGCCCGGAGUCCUAGGGCAGCAGGAUUUGCCAGCAAUCAAAAGCGGAGUCCAAAAAGACCCACGGCUGGCACAACUCGACAUAGAGUCCAUGGCUGUAUCGAAGAAACCGCUCAGGUUCCCCAAAUGCAACCCGCAGUGUAAAGUUUUAAAACACUAUUAA